GAGAUACUGAGAGUGAUCAAAGGUGUUAUUGACCUUGGAACUGUGAUACUAAAAGGCACCCUGCCAUGGCUGAAAAAACCCAAACCCCAUCCUUGCCCUCUGGAUUCCCAACUCCUCUUCUCCCUUCACAACAAGACCUCUUCUCUGUAUGGUUCCGUGCCUUCAGAGGGAGAAGGCUAUCCCUCCCUCUCCAUAUGGUAACCUCCUUUCCUGAUUAGAGGUGAUUAGACAGCACUAAAACCUGCAGAAAUGUGACUGACUGAAGUAGAAACAAAGGGUCCUUUCAAAAGCCAUUAAAUCCCUAGGGCAAUAUAUAGAGAGCUCUGAAACAGAGAGCAAGAGCACAAAUCACACUAUCUGCAACUUCCUACCCGUCCUCUCUCAUCUCACUGUGCUUUUCUCAACAUCUUUCUUGCUAUGGCGUUCUCUGAAGCAGAAGUGCAAAGGGCUCGUGGGGCCUGGGAGAAGAUGUAUGCCAAUGCUGAAGACAAUGGGACAACUGUGCUGGUCAGAAUGUUUACAGAACACCCAGACACCAAGUCCUACUUCACCCACUUUAAAGGGAUGGGCACAGCUGAAGAAAUGGAACAGUCAGAUCAGAUCAGGAGUCAUGGUAAGAAGGUCCUCACCGCCAUCAACGACUUGGUCCAACACCUUGACAGCACUGAUGCUUUCCUUGGGAUAGUGAACCCAUUGGGCAAGAAACAUGCCACGCAGCUCAAGAUUGACCCCAAGAACUUCAGGGUAAUCUGUGACAUUAUCUUGCAACUGAUGGAGGAGAAAUAUGGUGGAGACUGCAAGGCUUCCUUUGAAAAGGUGACCAAUGAAAUCUGCACUCGCCUGAACAAUGCCUAUAAAGAAGCUGGCUGGUAAGGAAGCAACAUGCCUGGGCUCCUAAACCCUUCCACCAGCAUGAAGACCCGGCACUGAAUCACUG